GGGACACAACAGUGAGAAAACAAAAGAGACGCAGAGACACUAGGGAGGGAGAGAGAGAUCAGGGUCAGAGAGAGGGCAAAAGAAAGACAGACACUCGCUGGGGAAGAAGGGCAGGAGAAAGAGAGAAACGAGGUAGGGAGGCCGGAAUAAGGUGAGAGAAACGGGGUCUGGGGACAGCUUAGAUGGGGGCUGUCUUGGGAACUUUGAUCUGGCUGCACGAAGAGGAGGAGGAGGAGGAGCUGGAGCGGAGGCACCGAGAACAGCAGCAGCUACAACGCAAGCUGUCCGCCCAGAAGCGGGUGGUAGGAGCCAACAGGCGCUCGCAGGCCAAGGAAAGGACUCGGCGGAGGCUAUACCCUGCCAACCGGGUUUACCGGCCCCGGGUCACAUUCCUGGAGUUGUCUGAGGAGGAGUGUCUGAGGAGGCUGCGCUUCUCAAAGCAGGCGGUCAGUGAGCUGUGCAGCCUUCUGCAGCAGGACCUGAUGCCAGCCGGGCCUGGUGGCCAUGCCCUGCCAGUAGCUGUAAAGGUGACCACUGCCCUGAACUUUUUUGCUUCUGGCUCCUUCCAGGGGGCUGCCGGUGACAUCUCUCACAUCAGCCAGUCGGCGGUGCACAAGUGCAUUAAACAGGUUACCAACGCUCUGUUUGCCCGAGCCAAUGACUACAUCUGCUUUCCAAUGGAUGCAAGCAGUCAAGAUGACAGGGCGGCAGGAUUUUGUGCCCUAGCAGGCUUCCCCAGGGUACAGGGGAUCAUAGACUGCACUCACAUCGCCAUCAAGGCCCCAGACAAUCAGCCAGCAGCUUUCAACAGGAGGGGCUACUACUCCAUCAAUGUUCAGCUCGUUACAGACCAUUGUCAUCGAAUUAUGCAGGUCUGUGCCCGCUUUCCUGGCAGCUGCUGCGACGCCUUCAUCCUGCACCAGUCCACCAUCCCCCCACUCUUCAGCAGCUGCCAGAAUGUCAAAGGCUGGCUGCUCGGUGACAGAGACUACCCCCUCCACACGUGGCUGAUGACCCCACACCCCAGUCCCAGCACACCUGCUGAGCUGCGGUAUAACAAAAGCCAUGCGGCUACCAGGAGGGUCAUCAGGCGCACCAUAGGACUCCUGAAGCGGCGCUUUCGCUGCCUGGACCGGUCUGGUGGUCCUCUGCAGUACAGCCCACAGAGGGUCUCCCGUAUUGUGGUUGUCUGCUGCAUCCUGCACAACUUUGCUGUGCAGAGGGGACUGCAGCUGGAGGAAGAAGUGCCCGAAGACCUCUCCUCAUCUGAUGAGGAAGAUCUGGAUGAUGGAGAGGAAGGAAUGGAUGAGGAAAACACAAGUCAGCAGUUCAUAGCCCAGGAUGUGAGGAGUCAGUUCAUCACCCAGUGCUUCAGUUGAUUCACUUGGUUCCUCCCUCACUCAACUGAACAGUUCUCAGAACCUUCCAGUUCCCAUUUGUUAAUUUUCCAUGCUUGGAGCCAGGGAUCAGGUGUGUGCUGCACAGACAUUGCAUCCUCAGUGCCUGCUGUGAAGUCAGACUGCAGGGGCAUUCGCUGAUGCAAAUCAGUGACUUAUUUAAUGGCGAAUGCAAUAAAAGCCUCAACAUUAUUUCUCA